AUGACUGCCGCACUGUCACGAUCCCAGUCGCCCUCUGAGGUGUCUCAGAAGUCGCUCUCGACUGCGGCCGAAGGGCUGUCCAAGGCGCCCGACGCCCAGCAGCACGAUGCCGAAGGCUACGCGCCCGGCGACGACGAGCGCGGCUCUCUGCCACAGGGACGCCAGCUGGGCCUCGUCUCGGCCACGUUCCUCAUCGUCAACCGCAUCGUCGGGACGGGUGUGUUUGCCACGACGUCGACGAUCCUCGACCAGAGCGGCUCGGUGGGCAUGAGCCUCAUCUACUGGGCCAUCGGCGCCGUCAUUGCGCUGGCCGGCUACCUCGUCUACGCCGAGCUCGCCUCGGUCAUGCCCCGAAACGGCGGCGAGCUCAACUACCUGCAGCACAUCUACCGCAAGCCCAAGUUCCUCGUAGCCAGCAUGUACGCCGCCCAGGCCCUGCUGCUCGGCCAGGCCGCGGGCAACUCGUACGUCGCGGGACGCUACCUCCUCACCGCCGGCGGCGUCGCGAGCGAGUGGGGCGCGCGCGGCAUCGGCGCCGCCGUCCUCGUCGUCGUCCUCAUCGUCCACGGCACCCUGCUCAAGUGGGGCCUCCGCUUCCAGAACGCCGUCGGCCUCCUCAAGCUCGUCGUCCUCGUCUUUAUCUCGUUUAGCGGCUUCGCCGCCCUCGCCGGACACACAAAGGUCCAGCCCACGCCGCGCAACUUCGACGACGCGUUCGCGGGUACCCGCUCCGACGUCUACGGCACCGUGUCGUGCAUCUACAACGCCGUGUGGUCCUAUGUCGGUUUUUCAAACCUCUUCUACGCCCUCGGCGAGGUCAACCGCCCCAUCCGCACCAUGAAGAUCGCCGGUCCGCUCGCCAUCGGCGUCAUCGCCACGCUCUACAUGCUCACCCAGAUCGCCUACUUUGCCGCCGUGCCCCGCCAAGAGAUCCUCGACAGCAACCAGGUCAUCGCCGCCCUCUUUUUCCGCAACAUGUUCGGCCGCACCAGCGAACGCGCCCUCAACGUCCUCGUCGCCCUCUCGGCCAUCGCAAAUGUCUUCUCGGUCGUCUUCAGCCAGGGCCGCCUCGUCCAGGCACUCGGACGGGACGGGCUCAUCCCCCUCGGCCGCUUUUUCGCAAGCAACCGCCCUUGCAAGGCCCCCCUCGCCGGCAUCAGCUGGCACGUCCUCGUCACCCUCAUCAUCCUCCUCGCUCCUCCCGCAGGAGACGCUUACGACUUCGUACUGAAUCUCUCCACAUACCCAGCAAACGCUAUCAAUCUUCUUGUGGCGACCGGGCUGCUCUCGGCGUACAUCCCGGUGCGCUACCGACCAGGCUGGGCCAAGCAAUGGGCGCCGCCGCUACGCGCGUCGUGGCCGGUGACGCUGUUUUUCUCGCUCGUGUCGCUCUUCUUGGUCGUUGCGCCGUGGAUCCCGCCGACGCAGGCGAGCGACUCGGUGUACAACUCGAUGUGGUACGCCAUGGCGCCCGCCGUGUCGGUGGGCAUCUUUGCCGGCGGCGCCGCCUACUGGGCCCUCGUCUUCCACGUCCUGCCCCGAUGGGGCCGCUACCGCCUCGAGGAGCGCGACGACGUCCUCAGCGACGGUACGCCCAUCCGCAUCUUUGCCAAGGUCAAGUAA